AAAGGCCCUGGCCUUACAGGGAAAAAUUCUCGACACACUGAGACAAAUUAGUCUCCGUGAGAAUCGAGAGUGGCUCACUGAGCAAGACUUGACCUCGAUACGCUCAUUUUUUUUUAAUGAGCUGGAAAGCAAGGUCAAUCCCAAGUGUCUCCGGAAUCUCCUAUUUAGACUCCUGAAAUAUGGGUCGCGUGAUGAUGCGUAUCAGUGCGCAAUCAAAGCUCUCUUUCUCGACUAGGAAAGAUUAUAGUAAAUCCUAGAUGGAAGAAAGGGUAGUCUUUUGGUCCGUACUUAGUACUCGUACAGGAAGGAGUCUUUUUCUGUCUGGAGGGUUCUUUUUUCAAGAAAUAAUGCCUCAGCUGGAUAAAUUCACUUAUUUGACACAAUUCUUCUGGUCAUGCCUUCUCCUCUUUACUUUUUAUAUUCCUAUAUGCAAUGAUGGAGAUGGAGUACUUGGAAUCAGCAGAAUUCUCAAACUACGGAACCAACUGGUUUCGCACCGGGGGAACAAGAUCCGGAGCAACGACCCUAACAGUUUGGAAGAUAUCUCGAGAAAAGGUUUUAGCAUCGGUGUCUCCUAUAUGUAUUCAAGUUUAUUCGAAGUAUCCCAAUGGUGUAAGACCGUCGACUUUUUGGGAAAAAGGAGAAAAAGAACUUUGAUCUCUUGUUUCGGAGAAAUAAGUGGCUCACGAGGAAUGGAAAGAAACAUUCUCUAUUUGAUCUCGAAGUCCUCAUAUAACACUUCUUCCAGUCGGAUCACUUGUAGGAAUGACAUAAUGCUCAUCCAUGUUCCACACGGCCAAGGAAGCAUCGUUUUUGAAUCUCAUUAACCAACCCCGGAAGAGAUUCUUUCUCGAGGAAUGGAAUGCACUACAAGAAAGAUAGACUCAUUUUUUAAAUCGCCCCGCGGUCUUGCUUGAAAGGUUCUCGAGAUUAUAAAUCGUCCAGGCGUGCGGGAAGGGAGCGAGACCAAGCCAGACGGAGAGUCAGCCCUUCCUUCCCAUUCUACGCGUGUCAAGUUCAAGAAAUGAAUGUAGCUUCAUUCUUUUGCUGGUUUACAUUCUGAACUGAAGGUUGAAAAACCCUUUAGGACCGACUACAACACGAUAACUAUCAAGCUCUCUCUGCUCGCGACUAGAAUAUAAGAUCCACGAACGCUAAGCUCUCCAUCUGCAAUGCCUAUAAGAUAAGCUAUCAAUCAGUAGGCUUUGCGCUGUUCACUUGUUAAUAGGGGGCUGUUCGGUUCAAUAGGAGCCCUACUUCCUUCAGUCGCAAGUAAAUGAGUCCCCGCCCCCCGCCUUUCAUCUUGCCCUUGUUACGCAAGACGCCAACAAAUCACCCUCUCGCUUAAAGGUUUGAUACUUCCGUAGGGCUUGCCUCGACGGGCGACUACUUUGAUUUGACUUCGUUGGCGCCCUUCAGUAUUUCAAGAGUGAACAAAAAAGCCCACGGAGUUGUGCCUUGUAGGGGGUUGAGUUUCUAGUUUUUGAACUAGUGAAGUGGUGUGUUAGUGGAGUGGACGCAAGUUCCGAAGCUCCACUUGCCUCACAGCGACUCACUACUCAAUGAAGUGGACGUGUAGUUUUGAAGCGUAAAUGGAAGGUCUCCUCUUUCUCCCUUCAUGAAUUCACUCGACCACUGUGCCUUUGUUCCCUCGGAACAGAUUUGAUGUCGUCUCCCUCACUCUACUCUUCUCUUCCGCCUUCACUGAGACAAAAAAGUGAAAUGAAGGCAGAAGAGAAGAGUUCACUACUACUUUUUUUAGGUCGACGUGAAGUCUGCGAGUGUAGGACGAAGGACUUUUUCGUUAUCGUACAGGAGUUACAUAAGAAUUUAUCUGACAUUCCUCGUUCCCGAAUUCACCCAAAAUUAAUUUAUCCUUUGAAUUACUAAAAGAAUUUUCUUUCGCACCGGAAAC